UCGGGCGUACUCUGCCAGGACCGAAGAGACGGGACUCUCCCAUGGCAUAUUAGGUUAGGGUUUCGACGGAUGCCGCCGCCGCCGCAUCGCGUAAAGGGGUCGGCGAGCUCGAGCGGAGGGGGGCCAUCGGCGCAUCCCAAAGGUGGUGGUGGACACGGGCUCGAGCGGAGAGACGCUGCACGAGCUCGAGCACCCACGGGCAGAGGAGGCUGAUACUGCAAAGGACGACAUCUACGAAUCUGAUCCCGACGAGUGUGUAGUCCAUGUCAAGAAAGCAGAGUUCCACAUGUCAAGAAUGCUGCACGAGCACCCUGCGGAGGAGGCUGAUACCAGCUUGAGUGAAGAGCUGCUAGACCAGCACGAGCACCCUGCAGAGGAGGCCGAUAAUGCCGAGGACAUCCACGAAUAUGAUCCUGACGAGUGUGUAGUUGAUGUCAAGAAACCAGAGUGGCACAUACAAGAUAGACAUGAAGCGAAACUUUUGAUCGAACAGCUGAAUCAAUCAGGUCUGGGAGAGGAUAUCAGCGAUCAGGAGUUCCUUGCUUACUUUAACAAGCUGGGUCGCGGGCCUCCGUGCUUUAAUCUUAAAGCUGGGCUGGAAGAUAAGGAUCUCGAUCAGCAAUUGAUUGACCAUGCACUGUGCCGUUUCAGAUAUUACAAAUACAAGUUGACACAGCCCAAGGAAGAGCUGCAUGAUGAUAACCUUCUUGAGGAAGGAGAGGACGAUAAGGAAGAAAGGGAAUAUUUAGCUAUGUUGAAAGAGAAGCAACUUCUAUACCGUGAGGAAGGUGACACUACAUCGGAAGAGGAUGAAACUGAGGCUGAUAACCUUAUGGAUAAAAAUGAGGCUGAUUUUAAUCUGGAGUUUCUUGAGGAGAACAGAUUUUUCAUUAGUUUUGAAAAAGACGGAACACUCGAUUGGUUUUUCCAUCCUGCUUACUGCAAAUGUGCUUCCCUGAGUGACUACGAACGGCUAGUCCUUCAAAAUUAUGGCGGUACUGAGUACACCCGGUGGAGUUACUACCACAGCUACCUUCAUAGCUAUGAUGGAGACGCGAGAUUCUGAACCAUGGUUCGGCCGAACCUAUGGUCCACGCCGUAGGAUUGCCCAGCCUUCUGCAUGUGGAUCCGUGUACCAUUUGAAUUCAAAAAAGGAUCAAUUAAGGCCCAAAGAGCCAGAGGCCUCGUUAGUCUCUUUGAUUCCAGCGAUUAGCUGGCACAGCCCUAGGCCUGCGGAGGCUAGUUUUUUUUUCAUCGUAAUGAUGGAUGGCACACUUAUCUAAAAGCUUUAGCACUUGAGCCGAUGGAUGUUGGGCAGGACCAUGAAUAAAAAAAGCUAUCCUGUGCUCAUUCAUUUGUGGUACUGUUCAUCUUCCAGGCUGCUACAUAUAGCGGAUGAGGAGCCCAUUUUGCCAACAACUCCUUUGCUCGCAGCAUGAGAGCUCCAUCCGGCAUGUAUAGCGAAGAAGACACCUCUUUAGACCAUCAGCACAUGGCUGUUGAUCUCACUCCUGCCGGCAUGGAUACGCUCUCUAACAGAUCAAACAAAGGCAUCACCGAGCUAUCAGAUUGUUCUAAUCCUGGCUGUGGUGUUGUUGAUUCAAUCACAGCGAAUCCAGAGUUCUCAGAACUGCAUUCUGGAAGAUCGGCACCUAAGCGGAAAAGUAAACGGGAAGCGUUUGAAGGAAUGGACUACAGAAUUGCCCCUGCAGUAAAAAGUCCGUUCCAGAAGUGUGUGGAGCGCGCUGCUUUUAGGGGCGAUGCAGAUGUGUUCGUUCCAAGUGUUGGAACAAUCUUUGAUUCAAAGGAUGAAGCCUACGAUUUCUACAACAUGUUCUCUUGGGAGUGUGGUUUUGGUAUUCGCUAUGGAAAGAGUAGCACUAAUAACAAAAAUUACAGAACAAUGCAGGACAUCGUUUGCCAGUGUGCGGGCAAAGAAGAAAGGCCCAACACAACAACAUGCCGCACUGGUUGUGAAGCUCGUAUAAGACUACAUCGAACUGACGACCAUGGAUGGUAUGUGACCGUUUUCAUUAACAAGCACAAUCACCCACUAUCUGUGAAGUGUGGCGAGAAAAAACAGUGGAAAUCACAUAGCGUUAUAAGUCCUUUAGCAAAGGAUUUUAUUCGUAACCUCAGGGAGAACAACAUCAGGUUUGACCAGAUAUACAACAUAUUAGGGUCAGGUCUUGGCUCUUCUCUAGGCGUGCCUUUUAGGAAGCAGACAUUGAGAACUCUGUGUGCAACCAUAGCUCAUGAUUCCAUCGCUGAUGAUAUGGCCAAAACCACUAGUAUACUUCAGGAUAUGAGUGCCACAGAUCCGGACUUCAAAGUUUGUGUGCAAGUAGAAGGUGAAAGCAGGGUGAAAACAGUAAUAUGGUGUAAUGGUAAAAAUCAGCUGGAUUAUGCACAUUUCGGUGAUGUGGUUACUUUCGACACCACUUACAGGACCAACCUGUAUAACAUGCCAUUUGGGCUUUUUGUUGGUGUGAAUAACCAUUUCCAGUCUAUUAUUUUUGGCGGCGUCCUCAUGGUUGAUGAAAAGACUCCCACAUUUGAAUGGGCAUUCAGAAACUUUAUUGACUUGAUGGACGGGAAACAUCCUACUACUAUAUUGACAGAUCAAUGCAAAGCUAUGCAAAAUGCUUUACGAAGUACAAUGCCCCACACCCGUCAUAGGUGGUGCAGAUGGCAUGUGUUAAAGGUCUUGAAAGAGAAAAUUGGACACGUGUACAACAAACAUUCUGCCUUCAAGAAGGAAUUCCACGCAUUUGAGCGAAAGUGGCAUCAAUUGAUUAAAAAAUACAAACUUCAAGGAAACAAGUACCUUCGCAGGAUUUUCAAGUGGAGGGACAUGUGGGCAAUGCCAUACUUCAUGGGCACAUUCUGUGCCGGGAUGACCAGCACGCAACGGAGCGAGAGUGCGAAUCAUCUCCUCAAAAAGUUCAUCAGCAGAUCAUCCCCAAUGCACUUGUUUGUUAAGCAGUACAACAAAUUGCUUGAUUCCAGGAGCCAGGCAGAAGACGAGGCAAAUUAUGUCAGCAAGCAGACACGCAGGCGGCUUGUAAUUGGCGCUACUAUCGAGAUAGAUGCAGCGGCUGUGUACACGAAGGCCUUGUACAAAAAAUUUUCACACGAACUUUUUAGAUCAGGCUCAUUUGAUGCACGCCGUUCCAAGCCUGGACACGUCUACAAGGUCAAAUUGUCGCCGCAACUAGCCUUAACUGAUUAUGACAAAAAGGUAUUCACCGUCAAAGUGGAAGACGGUGGGGACUUUGUCACAUGUGAUUGUGGAUUUUUUGAUCAUGUCGGCCUGUUGUGCUGCCAUUCAUUAAAGGUAUUAGUUCAGAACAAUAUUGGCAAGAUUCCACCAAGGAAUAUAGUCAAAAGAUGGACUUUAUGGGCAAGGGAAUCGAGACCACUGCACCUGGCAAACGAGGGUGAAAUGGGGGAGCUGUCUUCCCAAACUACGUAUAGAAGAAAUGUUCUAUAUGUGGCUGCUAUGGACCUUAUCAAGGAGGCAGAAUCCGGGUCUGAGUCAUUCCAAACGGCGUUCGCAGCUAUAUGUGAGGCAAAAGAAAAAAUUGCAAGUAAGAAGGCUUCAGAUAUGCUUAUUGAUACUAUCGCCGAACAAGCAAAUCCUGUCCGGCAUACCAUAACUGAUGUUGGGUCAGAAACCCAACUUCUUCCUCCACAACGUGUGCUGUCUAAAGGACGACCUAGCUCCCUUCGCCCAAAGAGUCGUAUGGAUUACAUUGUGGCUAAGAAAGCUAGAAAACACUACAAGGACGGCCCAUGCCAUGCUCAUGAAGAUACUGCCGGUCCAAUGCCACCCCCUCCAUCCAAAAAAAGGAUUGUGAAGUGUAGCCUAUGCAAGAUUCCGGGGCACACAAAGGGUAAUUGCACUGCUAGGGGAGUCUGAGCGCAAAUGUUCUCAUGUGGUUAUGCAAGUUUAUGUUCAGUGUCACUUCAUUUAACCUGUAG